CUUGGUCGCUCAUCCGGGCUUGAAGCCUGCUCUUCACCUAACCCUAGCUCGCAAUUUCUGGGAGCUCCCACCCACUGGAAUCAGCCAUGUCCUCCCACCCAUCGCCGCCGCCGGCGAGACCCCCGCCGCCCGCUGGAACCACCAUCAGCGCUCUCGGGGACGACAUGCUCCGCGAGAUCUUCGCCCGCCUCCCCGACCUCCCGAACCUCGCCCGCGCGGCCUUCGCCUGCCGCGCCUUCCUCGGCGCCGUCCGCUCGUCCCCCGCCUUCCGCUGCCGCUUCCGCUCGCUCCGCCCGCCGCCCCUCCUCGCGUUCUUCGUCGAGCCCGACAUGGGCACGGUCCCGGUCUACCCCUCCCCCUGGCGCCCCUCCGACCCGGGCCUCGUCGCCGCCUUCCGCGACGGGGAUUUCCUCCAGACCCGCCGCAUGGACGGGCUUGCCUCCGGCGAACCUGGAUGGGAGUUCGACUACAGCUUGCGCUGCGAGAUCCGCAUCGCGCACCGGAAGCAGCGAGCCAGCUGCAGCCCUCUCACGCAGGCGCUGUCCCUCUUCCCCGACAGGCAGAUCAUGAUGGACGACAGCUACCUUGAGUUCCACACACUCUCCCACCAGGAGGAUCAGGGGCUGCAGCGUGUGGUCUGCAUCCGUCACGACCACCCAUGGAUUGGGGCGAGCGUCGCUGUCUUCUCAUCGCACACCAUGGAGUGGCAAAUUUCCCCUUGGGUGGAAACAUGGACCCUGACGCCGAAGGACGCCACCUACCUUAAGUCGGGUAAGGUGGUUGAUGGAUUCGUUUAUUGGACAUUUCCGAACGGGGACGGUAUGCUCGUGCUCAAUACCGCGACAUCUCAGUUCCACCGAAUGGAUGUGCCGCAACCCUUGAAAGAAGCUUUGAUGUUCAACCCUACAUUUUUUGAGCUUGGUCAGACCAAGGAUGGGAAGCUCUGUAUUGUGCAUAAGGGCAUACAUAACAAGGAAUGCAAGCUUUUUGUUUGGUCGUGGGGAAAAGAUGGUGAUGGCGUGGAGAGAUGGAAGCUGGACAAGUCGUUUCCAUUGCGCAUGAUUAUUGAGUUCAUCAAGUGCUCAAAGCUAAAUCAUGCCCAAGUAACAAUUGUGUCUGUCAUUGAUGGCUUUGUGUAUCUCUCAGUUGACUGUCAUGAGUAUGCUGAAUUUCAGAACUGUAGUAAUUCUCCAGAGUGGUUCUUAUCAUUAUGCCUGGAAACAGCAGAGCUGCAUCAGCUCUUUGAGGGCCCGUAUCGGAGUCAUACUUGUGUCCGUCCCUAUGUAAUGCCGUGGCCUCCUUGUUUGGUACGUAGCAAGGAUGGUUCAGAAGCUGUGGGCAAAGGAGAACCUACUUCUAUCCUUACCACAGCGUUGCAAUCUUUCAAAGAAGCUUUGAUUACUGAUGAUGAAGCAAAUAUUAUUGUGACAAAGGCCUUUUUCUCUAUUGGGGUUAAGAACAGGUCUCUCAUCAGCAAAAUUGCCACUUUGGAUGCACGGCUGACAAAUGCAAGAGAUCAUAUCUUGAGGAUGAGUGCUGACUCUGCUGAAUGCAAGAGACCAUGUCUUGACGAUGAUUGCUUCUUCUGCGUUCUAUCACAAGCUUACAGUUAGAUGGACUAUGAAGUUAGAGUCAGCUGAACUUUACAUUUCUGGGAGGAUGCUUAAUAUUCAACAAGUUAGGUUUCGAAUCCUACAGAAUGAAGCAACCUAUCCUAUGGUGGGCAGUAAUUUUGUUUAGGCAUGCUGGUGCUUAUGAAUCGACAGCAGGGCUUGUCGAUCUACAGCGGGUGAUUGGAUUUGUGGCGUUGACAACUGACAAGUAAAGAGCGGCUACACGGCUGUUUCCAGCCCUUUGAGGGUGGGUUAACUUGCCUAUGCACUGUUAGUGUAAACCCUAUCAUGGUUAUGUGAACAACGCUGCUAUGUGUUGAAUGAUGGCUUCGUCUUUUGUGCAACUACAUUUGAACCAGGAGAUUGUAUUGGUAUGUUGUAUUUUUCAAGUUUCACCUAUAAUAGAU